AUGCGUGACAAAAUAGAUUUUAUAGAUAUCUUGCAACCCCGCAACACGUACUUUGGUAUUGUGAAAUUUAUGACCAGGCCCUGGAUUCCAAAAAAAACAAUGAACCUGGAACGAGAGUAUUUCCCACAGGAUAUAAAAAAUUUAGUCACUCAAUCCGCGUACUUGGAUUCCUAUUUAGAUGCUGAAAGUGCAAGGACUCAGAUACUAAAGCAGCACUUGCAAAAAGAAGUAUUAAAAUAUAUUGAAGAAAUAGCUAUGGAUAAGCGUAUGCAUGUUAUACGCUGGAUGGGUGUCUUUUUUCUGAAUGUUUCCUUCAUGAUGAAAACUGGCAUUUUUGUAAAUGAAACUGCAGUUUUAGAGCUUAAAAAGACAAUGGGUGACAAUCCAGUAUUAUUCCUGCCAACACACAGAAGCUAUGCAGACUUCUGUUUAAUGACAUACCUGUGUUAUCACUAUGAUAUUGAGUUACCAGCUGUUGCAGCUGGUAUGGAUUUCUACACAAUGGCGGUUGUAGGUCAAAUGAUGCGUGAGACAGGGGCUUUCUAUAUGCGUAGGACACUUGCAGGGGCGCCCUUAUACUCAGCCACAUUGCGGCAGUAUGUCCGCACACUUGUGGCACACUAUGGAGCCCCUGUUGAAUUCUUCCUGGAAGGCACGAGGAGUAGAAGCAAUAAAAGCUUGCCACCGAAGUAUGGAAUGCUAGCCAUGACAUUAGCCCCAUAUUUUGCCCGUGAAGUAGAUGACGUCACCAUUGUGCCUGUCAACAUAAGUUAUGAUCGUAUAAUGGAGCAGGGCCUCUUCGUGUAUGAACAUCUCGGUGUACCCAAACCUAAGGAGACGACUGGGGGUCUUAUCAAAGCAUUACACACUCUCAACGACCACUUUGGUAACAUAUACAUAAAUUUGGGUACGCCAAUGUCUCUGAAAAGCUACUUGGGGCACUCCACCCUAUCACCCGAGACCCUCAAACCACGUGACCUUCAAAAACUGACAGAUGACCAGAUGAGGCUUGUUCAGAGAGUCGCCGAUCACGUGGUCACGUUGCAGCAAGAGAACGCGGUGGUCACGAUCACGAAUCUGCUCUGUAUAGUUCUUAUGGAUAGUCUGUACAAAGGCAGGGCUUUGGGACAGAAUGAGGUGGAGUCACAAAUCUCCUGGUUGAUAGAAGUACUACAAAACCUGGGCGCUUCAGUUUUUGAAAGAGAUGUCAAAGGGAACAUGGAGAGAGUUUUGAUUGUACAUAGAACUAUGGUGAAGUUGGAUCGCGAGAAGAGAUUGAGAUUGGUGUCCAGUGCCCUAAUGAAUGUGACGGCUGAUGUGCAGAAGAAGAUGAAAGGUCACAUCUUAAAAGCAGAGACAAUGGUCAAUGCAGUGCCGGUGAUUCAGCUUCAGAUCUAUAUAAACCCAGUAUUACAUUACAUAGUACCACCUGCACUCGUAUACCUUAUUGUUAGCAGACAUAGUAUAAGGAAAGAUGAAUUGUAUUCGAUUUAUAUUUCAAUCAGAAGACUGCUGAGACAUGAAUUUUUCCAUUUAGAAGAGAAUGAACAGAUGAUAUUUGACAAAGCGCUAGAGUACUGCAUACAAACGAAAUUGGUUUUAGUGAAUAACGACUUGUUGUGCGACGGGUUGGGCGAUCAAUCGAACGACAAGUUGCGCUACAUGUUGCAAUGGGCUUUAUUGCCAACGCUUACAACACUCCUUUGUUGUAUGGACGUUAUGAACGAGUGUAAAAAAUGUGAACACAAGCGUGCACUAAAGAAGAUACAGGAAAGGCUAGAACAGAAGAGAAGUCAUCCAUACUGUUUAAGUCUAGAAGCAGCCGGUAACUGUUUACAGGGACUUGUAUACAGCGGCGUCUUGCUCAGGCAUAAAAUGCAACAAGAAAUUGUGUACGAAGCCGUACCAGAAGUUAUUGAAAACUGCCAAAGCCUUGUUAGUUCUAUUUUGCCAAAGUUAACUGUAGAUUUUUAUAGCAACCCAGUUAUUGUACAUCAAACGCAACGAGCGCGUUUAUAA